GCUCUUGAAAGACCCACCCCAUGAGUCUUAACUCAGAGUUGCAACAGGCUUGAACAAGCCCAGGCACGCCCAGAUACCUAGGGCCGAGUCACCGUUAAAACUAACAGACCAUAAAAGGAAAGGAAUACAGAACAGACUAGGAGUACCGGAUCUGGCAGGAAGAGAUAAGUCCCUAGCCCCCUCCCCCCCGACAUUCAGGACGUCCCAGCCCGCACGUACUCUUACCAUGUUACAACCUCAUUCGAAUAUGAUUCAAACCUGCCAAUGUGUGUAGCUAUACCUUAUUACCUCAUCUUGUGAAAUAACCAAUCAUAUGUGAACAUGUCUAUAUGCUUCGUUUAAAUCCACCAAUCCCCGUAACUAUGCAUCUGCUUCUGUACGCCCGCUUCUGCUUCCCCAAACCCUAUAAAAGCCCCAUGCUGGAGCUGUUGGGCGCGCAAGUCCUCCGAAGAGACUGUGUGCCCGCAGGUACCUGUGUUUUCCAAUAAACCCUCUUGCUGAUUGCAUCCGAGUGGCCUCGGCUCGGUCAUUGGGCGCUUGGGGGUCUCCUCCUGAGGGAAAGGUCCUCUCCGGAGGUCUUUUCAUUUUGGGGGCUCGUCCGGGAUCUGGAGAUCCUCCGCCCAGAGAUCACCGACCACCCACCGGGAGGUAAGCCGGCCGGCAUCUGUCGUGUCUUGCCCUGUCUUGUCUUGUCUUGUCCUGUGCGCGUGUUCAGUUCGUCUCAGUUUUGGACUCAGAUCUGGGUUUUGGUCGGAGGAGAAGGCCCAGGGCCUUCGGUGUCUCAGGGUUCAGGACCCUCAGCGCCUCCGUUUGGGCGGGUCAGAGAAGGAGCUGACGAGCUUGGACUUCUCCCCCCGGCAGCCCUGGAAGACGUUCCAAGGGUGUCUGGAGCCCGGUUCUUUGGGGCUCAGCCCGUAUCGUGGCUUUGGUUGGAGGAGAGGGUCCAGGACCCUCGGCACCUCCAUCUGACUCUUUGUUUUGGGUUUUACGUCGAAGCCGCGCGGCGCGUCUGUCUGUUGUUUGUCUGAUCGUUGGAUUUGUCUGUCUAAUCUGUGCCCUAAUUUUCUUUGAAGCUACCAUGGGACAAUCGCUAACAACCCCCUUGAGUCUCACUCUAGACCAUUGGAAGGACGUCCGAGACCGAGCACGUGAUCAGUCGGUCGAGAUCAAGAAAGGAAAAUGGCAGACCCUCUGCACGUCCGAGUGGCCCACUUACGAUGUAGGAUGGCCGGUGAACGGCACUUUUAACAAGACCACUAUUUUGCAGGUUAAGGACCUGAUUUUCCGCCAGAAGCCGUACGGACACCCUGACCAGGUGGCCUACAUUGUCACCUGGGAGAGCUUGGCAUUUAGCCCUCCUCCUUGGGCAGAACCCUUUGUGGACCCGAAUUGGCUUCCUGUUUCCCCUAAACCUGUUUCCCCGAGCCCACCUGACCCUUUGGUUGCUUCUUCCUCUCUCUAUCCUGCUCUAACUAAGGAAGAAUCUCCCAAAGUCCCUCCCCCGAAACCUGUCCUCCCAGAGGACCCAAAUUCCCCCCUUAUAGAUCUCCUGUUGGAAGAACCUCCUCCGUACCCUGUACCUACAGCCCCGCCAAGAGAAGAGGAAGUGGAGCCGCCUGCUAGACCUCGACUCGAGGCGGCCCCUUCCCCUGUGGCUGGAAGACUUCGGGGACGACGCGAGGUGGCGCCAGACUCCACCUCCCAGGCCUUUCCGCUUAGACAAGGGGCUGGCGGCCAGAUGCAAUACUGGCCAUUCUCAGCGGCCGACAUAUAUAACUGGAAACAACACAACCCCCCCUUUUCUAAGGAUCCGGUGGCUCUCACCAACCUGAUAGAAUCUGUCUUGCUUACCCAUCAGCCCACUUGGGAUGAUAUACAGCAACUUUUACAGGCCCUCCUGACCUCUGAGGAGAAGCAGAGAGUGCUCUUAGAGGCCAGGAAACAUGUUUUGGGGGACAAUGGACGCCCCACCUUGCUCCCGGAAGAGAUCGAUGAUGCAUUCCCACUUACAAGACCUGAUUGGGAUUUCACCACGGCUGAAGGUAGGAGACACCUACGCCUUUAUCGCCAGUUGCUCCUAGCGGGUCUCCGAGGGGCGGCACGACGCCCCACCAAUUUGGCUCAGGUGAAACAAGUGGUACAAGAGGCUGCGGAGACUCCCUCAGCCUUCCUAGAGAGACUUAAGGAAGCUUAUCGCAUGUAUACCCCUUAUGAUCCAGAUGAUCCAGGACAAAUGACAAAUGUCUCCAUGUCCUUCAUCUGGCAGGCAGCACCAGAUAUCAGGGCCAAGCUACAGAGAAUAGAAAAUUUACAAGGGUAUACACUGCAGGAUUUACUUAAGGAGGCAGAAAGAAUUUAUAACAAGAGAGAGACACAAGAAGAAAAGGAAGAUAGAGUACGUAGAGAAAAGGAUGAGAGAGACCGAAAAAGAAGCAGAGAGUUGAGUCGAAUCUUGGCCGCCGUAGUUCAGGGUCAAGAGAAAAGGGGAGAGAGGGUGGGAGUUCGAAAGGGGCCAAAGCUAGAUAAGGAUCAAUGUGCGUAUUGCAAAGAAAGAGGACACUGGGCCAGAGAUUGCCCUAAGAAACCCAGCGGGCUCCGAAGACCCCGCCCACAGACCUCCCUCUUGGCCCUAGAUAAAGAUUAGGGAGGUCAGGGCCAGGAGCCCCCCCCUGAGCCCAGGAUAACUCUUGAAGUUGGGGGGCAGCCAGUCACCUUUCUGGUGGACACAGGAGCCCAGCACUCAGUCCUCAC